AAACCAUUUUUAAUGGAGCUUCAAAUAGUUUUAUUUUUUCAUUUACUGAUCAAUCAAAUCCAGUACUGAGUAGGAUAAGAACUGAAAGAACAAAUAAGGCUAUUAUGUGGGCCUUCUUUCAGGGUAUCAUAUUUGAGGAUAAAAGAGUAGAAUUUUGGUAUAAAGCUCGUAAAAGUAAUAUAUUUAAUUCAAACGAAUUAAUUGCUAAAGAAUAUGGACCUUAUUUUGAAAUAUUUGAUUUGCACAAGAAAGAUUCAAAUUAUUGGAUUAGUGACUGA